AUGUCCCAACACACCACAUUUGUCAUCGGAGCCCCGGGUUCCGGCAAAGGCACACUCUGCCAGGCCCUCAGCGAUUGCAUGCCAUGCCACCACCUCUCAGUGGGCGACCACCUUCGGAAGCUCAUGAACACCAUGCCAGUAGAGCCAGCUCAGCUAGGCGGGCUGACACGAGACCAACUGCAGCAGCACAUGCAGAACCGCGAGCUCAUCGCACCCGGUAACAUCUUAGCCAUACUCCAAGAAGAAAUCAAACGAGCUCCCACCAAUGCCAAAGUGCUUAUCGACGGUUUCCCAAGGGACUUGGAGUCGGCGAAGCUAUGGGACGAAAAGUUCGGGCCUCCAGAGCAGGUUCUCUUCUUCGACUGCAAAAAAGAAGAGGCGAAGCAACGAUUCCUGUCGAGAUCAAGAGACGCUGGUGAUGAUGAAGCGGUGUUCGAGAAAGAGGUAUGCUGA